AUGGAUAGCCUAGCCUUCUACUAUGUUCACCGCUUUACAUACCUUCUGCUACGAAAGAAGGACGAUAUCGCAGCGGCUGCGUUGGUGGACACAGACAAGCUCAUCGACGCCGUCAGAAUGCACCCCCAAACACAUCCACCUUGCAAAAAGGGUUCGGUUGUCAUUAGCAUCCAAAGCGAAAACGGCCGCGAAGUCUCUAUUCCAGCUCAUCCUGAUGCUGCCAUGGAAGUGGCAUACAAUCUUGCGCAACUUUGCGGGGAAGAUUUUCCCGAGCACAUGUCUGCUGCGGAGUACUGCUUGGGCAGUGUUGCAGAUGUUCCCAUCCGCACUCAUGUCAGCAAUCUUGUCUGUCUCAUACGCAGGUUGCGCACCGCGGAAUCCAAGGAGUACUUCCGAAGACUCAAGAUUCUAAGGGAUUACGUCUGCAUAUCCAGCUGCGAAAAUAUAAAAUCUCGGCUCUGUCCACAAGGCAAAAACCAAAAGGAUUACUACGCAGCCAUCACCCGAGACGCUUCCGGAACCAACAUACCAUGGCAGUCCUACCACAAAUGGAUGUACGAUGACAACACGCCACUGUCCGCCGAAGAUUUUGAGAAAUUGACGCAAAUUGUCGACCUUCUCCGACGAUCCGGCCAGGGCGAGGGUCUUGAGAACUUCCCUUCACCGGAAACACACUGGUGCCACGAUAUCGAAGGGAAAAUGGCGUUCCACAUUAUGCUUUGCCGGCUUCUCAAAGGCUAUGCCGAUAAGGUCAAUUCCCUGGUCGAUGUCAGGAACGCGUGCCGCAACAGACCUCAUGUCAACGGAACUCAUUGUCCGGGUGUUGCUGAGCUAUCUCACGCCGCUGCACAAGCCUAUCAAUGGGGACGCGCGCUACUUCUAUUUCGACGAAUGUUCGGAGAAACGGCCUUGCGAAAGCACCUCAAGGUUAUUGCGCUUGAAUUUGGCCUGACGGAUGACGUUGGCGAUGCAUCCGACAAGUGA